CCGAAUCUGACGAGUGGCAACCCCCAACGCCAGCGCAUCGCUCGCAGCCCUCGUCUCUCACACAAAAGCAUUUUCGACGCGACGCAAAUGAAAAUGUGCUUGUGCAAUUAAAAUCAGACGGAAAAACUAAAAAUAAACCAUAUUCGGUGCACCUAAAUGCAAGAAAUCAGUGCUUAUGCGAUCAUAGUGCGUAAAUUGCAAAACGCGCGCGAAAAGUGAGCCGACGAAAUACCACCAAAAAUCCCAACCAACGCAAAUCCCAGGCAGCAGCCAUCUACAAAAAUCGCCUAAUUUACGAUACAAAACACUUUUCGGUGGCAAAACGAAAAACGCUGAAUUCCCGUCCCCGGCGAACCACCGCAGGAAUUCAAAUGGAGACGUCCGUCGAGGAGCAUGGCAUGGACCUGUCCAAGGUGUCCGUGGUGCGGUCCGCCAAGGGCGUGGAUAUGCUCUGCGUGGACGACUACCUGUACCACUUCGACCGCAUCGGGCGCAACAACACCUACCGCUGGCUGUGCAACCGCCGCAAGGACAAGGCCACCCCCUGCAAGUCCCGCAUCUGCACCCUGCUGCCCGACCCGCUGGACAAGACGCGCCACGUCGUCGUGGACGUGGUCCUGGCCCACAUCCAUCCGCGAUGCAGUGAUCACGAGGUCAACAAGGUGGCUCAGCGCAAGCGGCUCUCCGUGAUGAUGAUGAACGACGCCUACAGCACCACGCAGCCGAAGCGAGCCCGCCAGUACGAGCGCGCCAACGCCGGCAUGAAUCCGCCGGAGUUUAUUUACGGCGGCAUCGACACCUCCGCCGUCGAGGCCUCUUUCCAGUUGGACUUUGAGGACAAAGACCGAGUGUACAUGUUGCGACGCCGAGAUGGCCGCGUGAUGGUCUGCAUCGACGGCCACCUGUACUACCUGGCCGGAAAGUCGUACAAGGGCGACAUCUUCCGAUGGACCUGUGUGCGCAAGCGCGACAUCGAGUGUACGGCUAGGAUCUGCACGGAGGCAACUUUGGCGGGGGCACAUCGACUGCACGCCGUCGACUCCGAUGCACACAUUCAUCCGCACUACUCGGCCGCAAAACUGAUGCAUAUGUUUUCCAAGCACCAGAUCGUUCUGGUUGAGGACGAGCAGACCUCGGAUGUGCUGGCAGAAUGCCCGAAUCUUGAAUACUUUGAUCCAGAAAACACUUUCGAUGCCACCCAAAGGUGUGAUGACUUGGAAUCCAUCAUAAUAGAAGAGUGCGAAGACAACUACGAUGUGUACACGAGGACGGAUGAAGACCAAAGUGGAGAGAUUCACGCAGACGAAGAGAUCGAGUGUCAGGAAGGGGAGGACGAGUCUUCAGUGGUGGACUCUAAGUUGGGGCACAACUCCAAGUGGCCAGCGGCCUUCGAUGUAAUUGCCAACUACCUCCCUCCGCCGGGCUUUAAUCCUCUCACAGAAACGGACUUGACCAAGUUCACAUUUCUUCCCUCGGCAAAGGGACGUAAAGUGCUGUGCUUGAGUCGCCAUCUGUAUCACUUUGAUUCCCAAAGCAGGUCAAAUGGCCACAUGUUCUUUACUUGCAUCAACCGGCGGGACAAGGUCAACACUUGUCAUGUCCGCGUUACCCUGGAUCCGGUCGAGAACGGACCGGUGGUAAUUCGAAUCAACGGCGAGCACACGCACAAUCCAGAUAUAAAGGAAAUCACUCGUCGCCUGAAGCAGCAGGCCAAGUUGGACCAGGACAAUCCCCACAAGCUGCUGAAGGGCGAGCACGGCGAAGAUGUUGAUUUCGAAAGCGACGAGGGAUCGGCCAGUCAGGGAGGAGACACCUUUGAACCGGAACAGAGCGUUGAUGGCAGUUACGAGCAGAUCGACUCGAGCAACGUGGUGAUGAAAAAAGUGAUUAGCAUCGAUGGAGCCAUCAAAAUGGAGCCCGAAACUUCCAAGGCGAACAUGAUUGUGCAGUACCUCAAGGACGGCGCGGACAACAUAAGCGCCAAGAUCGAGAUACUGCCCGAUGCUCUUGAGGAGCUCGAUCCUCAGUCCCAAGCUGCUUACUCAUCCACGCCUGUGCCAAAAGUGCGGCAGCCCGAGAUCACGAACAUUCGCCGGCGACGCGAUGUGGUAGAGCCGGCAAAGGAAGAGCAGGCGGAUAUGGACCUCACCAAGAUCUGUACCCUGAGGUCUGCCAAGGGCCAUGAGCUACUCUGCGUUGAUGGCUUCAUUUACCAUGCCAAAAAUCGAGGAGUAAUCUCCCGCAACUACUGGGUGUGCAUUAAAAGCCGUCAACCUGACAUCAAUUGCAAGAGUCGCAUUUCGACGGCCACCCAAAAGGAUGGCUCUAUUCGAGUUCUCCGAGUGUACAACAGUCACAGCCAUCCUUUCAGCGAGGACGACAUCAAGCGGCGAUUGUUCAACGAGAUCAACAAGAAGAACAACAAAAAGCUAAAGUUUCGGCCGCUCCAUUUUAUCGGCAAGUCGCUGGACCAGAUUCAGCAGGAGUACGGUGAUUUGGCGAUCGAGCGGCUCAAUGUCUCCAACAUCAGCAGCGACAUAGUGGUGCACAAGAAGCCACGACAGCCGGGUAGUCACAAUAGCAGCGCCGCAUCAAUGUCAGCUCUAAACAAAGUGGACUCCCAAGAGGAGGAAGAGGAUGUUGUCAUCGAGGAGGAGGAAGAGGAGCCGGAGCAAGAGGAGGGCGACGACAUGGGCCUGGAUGGCGAUCAUCAGUACAUGGAGGUGGACAACACAGAUGCCAUUAUCGAGGUUGUGGAGGAAGUGGCCGAUGAAAUGGAAAGCUAUGGCUCUAUUGUACCAAUAUACACCAUGAAACUGUACGCCGUAUCCGAUGGACCGCCUUCCCUGGCCGUUCGCAUGACCCUGAAGGCCUUGGAAAUACAAUAUCAACUAAUAAACGUGGACUUUUGCGCCUUGGAACAUCGAACUGAGGACUAUUCCAAGAUGAAUCCUCAAAAAGAGAUCCCCGUGCUGGAUGACGAUGGCUUCUUUUUAUCAGAGAGCAUUGCCAUUAUGCAAUAUCUUUGCGACAAAUAUGCGCCGGAUUCGUCGCUGUAUCCGCAGGACGUCAACAUGAGAGCGAUAAUCAACCAACGAUUGUGCUUCAACAUGGGUUUCUAUUAUGCACCCAUUUCUGCCCACAGCAUGGCACCCAUUUUCUUCGACUACCAACGGACGCCCAUGUCGCUUAAGAAGGUCCAGAAUGCACUUGAAGUGUUCGAAACCUAUUUGGAGCGAUCGGGCACAAAGUACGCGGCCAGCGAUAACAUAACCAUUGCCGAUUUCGCUCUGAUUUCGGCCACGCUUUGUUUGGAGGCGAUUGAUUUCGAUUUGCUGCAGUACCCGUUGGUGCACAAGUGGUACAACACAUUCAAGGAGGAAUACCCACAACUGUGGGAGAUCGGUAACAGUGGCAUGCAGGAAAUAAGUGCGUUCGAGCAGAAUCCUCCAGAUUUGUCUCAUGUGGAACACCCAUUCCAUCCGACGCGAAAGGCUAAAGCCUGAGGCAGUAGAAUUAAGGCCCUAUCAGCAGGGUAGUGAAAAAAUUCUGUUUUUGUAAUUUUUGUGAAAUAUUCAAUAUAUACAUAUAUAUAUAUAAAUAAUAUACAUAUAAAUUAUGCUUUUUGUUUCACUCUUAAAAUUGUUUGAAAUACUUUUUGAGU